UCGGAAUUUGUAUCAAUGGAGCUAUAGGUUGAAGAGAAGCCUACUGUAGCCCAAAACCCUGGAAAAUGCUUUGGGUUUAAGAUUCAACCUCUGUACCGUUUUGAUUUAAAGUGAAUGAAGGUAUUUUCAGUCCUGAACUUGUAGGCUAUCUGUCUACAGAAAAAAAAAAACGGUUUCCUCUACCGCCAGAUAAACUGACUCGCUGAGAAGUGACCCCCCAGUCGCUGGAACACAAGUUUAACUGGUUGGUUCGACACAUAGGCUACGUAAACAACUGUGGAUAUUUGUCUGAAAUUUUAAAAAUGCACUCGCCUUUAACCCGUUGCGCAUAAACUGCAAAAACUCCUCUUAACAGCGGGGCGCGUCAUUGUGCGGUGUCCAGAGGCAAAACUUAAGUCUCUUCGUAGAAAGAGUGGUUGGAUUCCGAGUUGAACCUUCUCGUUUUCAAAGGAGUUCUGUUGUGCCCAGGACAUUUUUACCUUCGAGAUGCAUUGGAAGAAGAUUACGCUGCGAGUUUGGGCUCUCAUCGCACUCCUAAAGGUGGCGCUGGGAGAUACCUGUGCCAGUGGCCGUUUCACAGACUCGGGGGAGUGCUGUAAGCUGUGCCCAGCAGGGCAUGGUGUGGCAGCGGGGUGUGGGAAGGAAAACACUCAGUGCCAGCCUUGUCAGAGUGGCCUGACCUUUUCCGCAUCCGAAGGCCUCUCCCCGUGCCGGCCCUGCGCGCGCUGUCCCUUCGGCAUUCCCCAAACGGCCGCCUGCAGCGCGUCCCAGGACACGCAGUGCGAGUGCGGCGAGGGCUACUACCUGUGGCGGGAGGAGAACGGCACGGUGGGCCUGUGUGCCGCCUGCUCCUCCUGCGGGCAGGGCCAGGGCGUGGCGCGCCCCUGCGGCCCUCACGGGAACACCCUGUGCCAGCGCUGCGGCCCGGGCACCUACUCUGAGGAGCGCCGGUCCACCAGGCCCUGCCAACGCUGCUCCACCUGCCAGGAGAACGAGGUGGAGAUCCGCGCCUGCCAGCACAACUCCAACACGCUCUGCAUGGAGAGAAAGCUGCACAUCCUGUCCCGUCCUGCCGAACCUGACGGUGAAGAGCCUAGCCCAGUCCCCGGUGCCCCGAAAUUCCCCCCCGAGGAGAAGGAAGGCAACAACAUCAUCCCGGUCUACGUUUCCGUGCUAGCCGCCGUGGUGCUGGGACUUCUGUUCUACGUCGCCUACAAGUGCUGGACGUCCUGUAAGCAGAAGCAGGCUUUGGGAAAGGCGCGGGCGGGGGAGCUGGGCGUGCCCUCCGAGGGUGAGAAACUGCACAGUGACAGUGGGGUGUUCCUGGACUCCCACAGCCUCGGAGACAACCAGCCCAGCAAAGGUAGCAAGCGGGACAGCAAGCUGGACAAUCGGCUCUACGGGAGCUUGCCGGCCCACAGACAGGAGGAGGUGGAGAGCCUGCUGAAGGAGGGCGAGGGCCGGGGCUGGAGGCACCUGGCCGCCCAGCUGGGGUACGAGCAGGAGCGGGUGGACGUGUUCGGCAGGGGCGAGGACCCCGUGCACACCCUGCUGUCCCACUGGGCGGUGCAGGAAGGCUCCACGCUGGGCGCGCUCUGCUCCGCCCUGAACCGGAUCGAGCGGGCGGACGUGGCCAGCCUGCUGGUCUCUCCCUCCCAGGGCAGCUCUGUGGUCUGAGAGGCGGAGACCCCCACUACCACCGUCCCCAGACAGACUAUGAGCCUAAGAGCCUGGCCACAACGGUGUGGGGGAGGGGAACUUGACUGCCCCACUGAGACUUUUAGAAACUAAGCCUGACAUUAAUAAGCAGCCAUUGACCAUGGGUCCAUUCACCACAGCAUUAUCACUCUUCAGAAGACAAUGUAGCAGCUCGGGCAUGCCAUUCAAUCAGAGGCCCUGAUUGGUUGGAGGAAUCCCCUUGGUCUGAGAUAAACCAGCGAAUCCUCCUUCACGGCUUCCUUAUGACUUUAUCUACUCAAGGCAAAUGAUCCUGCAUCCACAAACAGCUCCUGGACCCAAAAGCUAUAAUGAUCCAAUGACCAUUUCAAGUCUUCAGCAUUCAUCUCUGCAGGCUUGUCACCUGUGUUGGGUCAAGUCAUAAGGCUGAUCUGUGUGCUUCCACUUUCUACAUCAUACAUUCAUACAAUCUGGCCUGCUAAUAAUGUUGCUCUUUACAAUCACAUUAAUUAUAGCCAGAUUAUUAGAACUAGUCUUUACUUGUCCCUGUAUCUGCAGUCCUUGGGAGACAGUACAAAUAUAAUCUGAUUGGUGCUCUUGUGUGCAGUACACCACAGGUUUAGAGACACCAGGUUUUCAUCCAUAAGAAUGGCCCUUUGUUUCCAGCACCCAGGUUUAUAGCCUGUAGCCGGCCUGCAGUGAACAGACGUGGCUGUCUACAUGAAGCUGCCUGUUGAGCAGUCAUCAACAGCCAUCGCUUUGCAGUACCUGAACCAUUUCAGUUAGUCAUGUAAUGGUAACUAAUUAUGAGCAAUUGCAUGUCUGUUCAUGGAGUUGUGCUCAUGGCUAUAAAAAUAUUUAUUCAUCAUACUUUACUAAGCACAAUGUCAAUCAUUUGUUAAUGUUUACCAGCACAGUGUGAUUUUCCAACUGGUGGCUACUGGAAAAAACCUUCCAAUUAACACCAUUAUAAAAGUUAAUGUGGAAAAUAUUGCCAGAGGCGUUGUAAAUUAAAUGUUACAAAUUCUAGAUUGUUCUGGAAUACAACUGAAGAAUGACAAACUAAUCUUUGUCCUAUUGCCCCCUGAAAUAUCAAUUAUUUCUGAUGUUUCAAAAUAUUACACAUUAGACUGAAAAGUUUUUUAUCAUGAGUUGAAUAUGAAAAAUAUUAACAUUAGUGAACAAAGUUCAGUGUAUUGUUAGCAAGAGCAUCUUGAAUCUUCAGUUAUGAAUUGACUCCAUUAGAUACAUACAUCUGUAUACAGUGGACCAAGUAGAUACUGCUCCACGUUCAAUAACUGCAGGUUCUAAUCAAUUUACUUAAAAUUGUUGGGACUGCACCAAACACAUUAUUAUUGGUCCCCAUGGAAUUAAUAACCUCUUAAUCAUACACCGUUUUGUGCUUAUUUCCCCAUUUGGUCAAAUAGAGCAGCUAAGGAGAUGCAAAAAAGAUUUCAACAGAAUUACAGGCUAAAAACCAGUUGCACAAAAGAUAGUACCCUGUCUGUAACACAUCUUAUUAUCUAUCACUAUACCAUUGUAGUCCUUGUUCCUAAAUGUCUUUGUAUGUUAAUAGAUCUUUUGUUAUAUUUUAUUUCGUGUAAUAAAUGAAUUUUGAAGAA